GUCUACGCCUCUGGCUGCACAGCUGAGCGGCACGCGUUAGUACAUUUUCGAGUCAGACUUCAGACGUUUUUGUUUACUUCCCGAAUUCACGAAUUGUAAACAUGUCGCAAACAGAGCUUGACAAAAGCAUCGAAGUAAUUACCAAAACAGAGGAGUUGGCGGACAAGAUCUUGGCCAACAAGCAUGAGUUGACGGUCAUGGAUAAAAGGCGCCAGGAAACGAGGGAGGCCCUGCGUCUUAUGGAAAAGUCCCAGGAAGAAAAGGUCUGGAUAACAAUUGGGUCCAUGUUGGUUAAGAUGCAAAAAGUAAAGGCAUUAGAGCUCCUAAAGAAAGAUCAGCAGCAGGUUGAGCAGCAAAUCAGUAUGAUAUACUCGGACCAAAAAGUGCUCGUCAACAAACACCGUGACAUAGAGUUCAAGUCACCCUUUUCUGGCACGCACCUGAAGCCACUUGAUCGAAAGGAGUUUGAUGCCCUAAAAGCUAAUCUUCCACUACUGUAGAAUGUUUAAAUAUCAUUAGGCAUUAUUGUUUUUAAA